AUGAGUGAGGAAGGAAAAGAACCAUCCGAAGCCAAAGGACAGGGAAUCUUGGGCAAGCAGUUCCAGCGCAUGAGACGGCGUUUGACUGUUACUGGGGCAAGUUCGAAUAUUGAUGGUGUCGUUGGAAAGGGGCAAGAAGUUCCAGAACCAAAAAAGAGCAAAAAGAAAAAGCAUCAAGCCGCUGUCCGAUGCGCAGUUACAGAAUAUUCGGGGGUAUCAAAGAAGGGGCAUGCUCCUUACAACCCUAGAAAGAAGAAUCAAGAUGCUCUCAUCAUGGCCGACGAUCCAGGAACAAACAGUCUAAUCCUAGCUGUAUUGGAUGGACACGGUGAACAUGGUGACUACGUUUCAGCUUGGUUUCGUGAUCAGCUAAUCACCGAAAUGUUCAACCAUCCUGCUUGGGUCAACAAUCUGAAAGAGGCUGUCGCUGAUGCCAUUGGAAAGGUCGAGCGCGAUCUUCUUCGAAACUUCCGAAUUGACACUGAGUUCAGUGGUACAACGCUUUCCAUGGCGAUUGUUCGAGGAAAUGAACUCACUGGUGUGAACAUUGGAGAUUCCCGAGUUAUCAUGGGAAAACAAGAGGGAGGAGGAAGUAUGACACCUGUCGAAAUUACCUUCGAUCACAAGCCUGAUUCCCCCAAGGAAAAAGAGCGCAUUCUUGCAUGUGGAGGACGUGUCUUCGCUGUCGAGUAUGACGAUGGUAUUGAUGGGCCACCACGUGUCUGGCUUGGUCACAUGGAUGUUCCAGGUCUUGCCAUGGCUAGAUCUUUGGGAGAUGUCGUCGCACAUUCUGCUGGUGUCAUCUCUGAACCAGAGUUCACUGAAUACAAGUUGAACCCAGAAACGGACAAAUUCCUUGUCAUUGCCACUGAUGGUCUUUGGGAGUUUGUUUCCAACCAGGAAACAAUCGAAAUAGUAGAAGGCCAAAUCGGACCUGCGCAAGCUGUCGACACUUUGGUGACCGAAGCUGGCACCAGGUGGAUGAAGGAAGAACAAGUCAUUGAUGACACAACCGUCAUUGUUGCCAACCUCUUUGGAUGGAGAUCGGGGGCUUAG